GCCGCUGCCGGAACCGGAGUUGUGAAUCCGAUGGUGAUCGGCGCCGGAGAGAGGGAACGUGUGGGGAGUGCGGGGGAUCUGGGUGCAGUUGCCGGAGUGGGAAACACGAUGGGGGACCACGGAAGGUGCUCGAGAUGUUCGAGCCUACUUUCCAUGGCCUCCGGGGGUUCCCGCUAUUCUUUGGUGCAAGGCGGAGGAGCCUUCGUAUCAGUUUCGAAGGAAACACCGACGACUCCUCCUGGUGGAGUUGUCCAGGAGGAAUCAGAAGACAAAGAAGAAAAGGAGCAACAACCGCCUAUUACAUGCAAAUUGUGCCUCACCGAAUCGUCUGAUGUCACCAGAUUGACAGGGUGCGGAUGCGUCUUCUGCACAGAGUGUAUGCGUUCUUAUGCAAGAUUUGAAGUAUUAGCCGGUGCCUACACCAUAACCUGCCCCGAUGCCGAAUGUCCAGCCAGAGGCGUCCAGCCUGGCACAGUUGUGCAGCCCACCAGCAGCGCCCUCACCCAGGACGAAAUCAAGACAUUGGCUGGCGAGAGGCUGCUGCAGAAACACAAUCAGUACAGACUGAACAGAGAAAUCGAUAUGGAUCGUACGAGAACCUGGUGCCCUCGUGCAGGUUGCGAGACUGUUUGCUCGGUGGCUGCUCCAGAUGGUACUACAGCUGCUGCAGGUGCUGCUUCAACAGCAGCAGGAUCUAGUUUGGGGGCUGCUGCUCCCAGAAGACCUCCUGUGUGUGCUGUGCAAUGUCCAACGUGCAGUGAUGAAUUCUGCUCCAGUUGUAAAAAACAAUGGCAUCCAGGACAAACUUGCGAGCAAUAUGCACUGACACUAGGAGCUGAAGAAGGAUUUCCGUUACUUCUGGCAGGUCCUGGUGGCUCCGAGUUGAUCAAAAGCUGUCCACUUUGUUCAGUGCCAAUCGAGAAAGAUGAAGGCUGUGCUCAAAUGAUGUGCAAGAGGUGUAAACAUGUCUUCUGCUGGUACUGUCUUACUUCACUCGAUGAUGAUUUUCUGUUACGCCACUACGACAAGGGGCCAUGCAAAAACAAAUUAGGACAUUCUAGAGCUUCCGUAAUCUGGCAUAGAACACAGGUAAUUGGAAUAUUUGCUGGCUUUGGCAUUCUACUCUUAGUCGCUUCGCCUCUUUUAUUGCUAGCGGCACCUUGUAUAGUUUGUUGUAAGUGCAGAGUGUGCAACGGAGCUGCAAGAUUGGACCAGGAGGAAGGAGAAGAUCAGGAUGGACAUGAUGGAGAUGAUGAUGGUUGAAUUGAAUAUUUGAACUAAUGGUAAAUGAAAUUAGAAAGAGAUUUGAAAAGCAUCAACAAGAAUGAAACAAAAUUUUAGUUCAGAAAAGCAGUCGGUCAAUGAAGGUUAGUUAACCAGGAUUAAAUUUUUGAUAAAUGAGAGUGAUGUUUGUUAGUUCAAUUGGGAAAAAUGAUAAAUGUGAAAUGCUAUACACACUCCAACGUAUUUUGAAAUAUUGAUAUGUGAUUAAAACAAGAAUAAAUGAAAGUAGCAGUUUGCAUAAAGUAGUUUCCGCAACAAAAUAUUAAAGGCGUUCUCAUGAUAUCAUUAACUAUGCAAAGUUAAGAAAAUAUAGUAUCGUAAUUGCUGAAACUUAACACCCAAGCAGUAUGUUUAAGUUUAUCUAUAUUUUUGCCUUGAGAAUAGGUUCUUCCAAAUAAUGUAAUAAGUAUGAAAUUUUUGCAUUAAAAUAUGUGUUAUUAAUAACAUCAAAAUGGACUAAAGAUGCAUAUCAAGGCCUAAAUUAUUGUUUAUUAGUGAAGUGAUACUUAAUAUAAUAAUUCACAAAAACAAUUUGACUUGUACUUAUUAAUCAACAAUGUGAUUUAAACGAGUGGUAAAAAUGUGGUUCUAUUAUGACAUUGAACUUAGAAAGAUUGUUUAUUUUAUAUUUAUAAUAUUUUUUAUUUAAGUUGCAUCUAAAAUGAGUUGGCAGCGGUGAUAUUGAUAUUACUAAGUGAUCACUAAUGUUAUUUUUAGUUUAGACUUAUAUAAAAUAUGGUCUAUUGUGAAAUGUGUUUGCU